AAAAAACCUUGAAUUAUUUCAUUAAAUAGACCUCUCUCCUUUAUUAUCUCUCUCUCUCUCUCUCUCUCUCUCUCUGAGCUUUUGAGUUCAUACUUCAUAGUGAUAUUUAGUUAAUUUACAUAUAAUCGGGUUUAAUAUUUGGUCCGAUGAUGAUGAAGCAAGAAGAAUCAGCAGCUGAACAACAACCCGAAAUCGCUAUAAUCGUGGCUGAUUCUUCUCCUCCUCACUCUCAGGCUGGUGAUCAUCAGGUGAAAGAAAAAUCUACUGAAGAAGAUGUGCAGAGCUGCUCUCAACCGAGCGGAACACACUCGGAUCUUUCAAUACAAAUACCCCCUAGACCAAUCCCAUUCGUUGGUGGCAGCCGUAUCCCAAAGGGCUCACUAAAGUCCACAAGCUCAUUCAAAAGCGGCAGCACCACAUCCUCACCUUCACCAAGAGGCAUCCUCCGUAAUCUCAGCUUGAAAAAGAAAGUUGUAACCCAUCCUGAAAGCGAGAGAAGCUCUCUACUCUCUCCCGGUCUCAUGGAAGAAGGAGCUGCUAAAAAGGCCAAUGCUUCAGCAACUUCGCCUUAUUGGCAAAGAUGCUUGUCUCUUCCGUCUAGACAGCCAGCAAAGUUAUCCCCUGUGGUGCCUCCUCAGGUCUCAGCUGCUGUUCCCGGUGAACCUCCUAAGAAAGAUUCUAUGCAUCCACCAGUUCCAAGGUCAUUGUCCAUGCCUGGGAGAAACAAAGUCAUUGUUCGAUCUAUUUCUUUUGACAACCGCAAAGCUCAUGUUGCGUCGGAAACAAGCGCAGAUCAAAUCUCUCCAGUUCCCACUGAAGAAACGGAAGAAGAGAUUCCAGAGGAAGAAGCGGUGUGCAGGAUCUGCCUAGACGAGUGCGAAGAAGGCAACACUCUGAAAAUGGAGUGCAGCUGCAAAGGCGAUCUCAGGCUUGUUCACGAAGCGUGUGCCAUCAAGUGGUUUAGCACAAAGGGGACAAGAACCUGCGACGUGUGUAGACAAGAAGUCAAGAACUUGCCGGUUAUAUUGCUCCGCGUGCCUACGACUAAUCAACUAAACAGCAGACGUGACCGCAGUCAACAGAAUCUGCAGUCACAAACCGCUAGUGCUUGGCAAGAGUUUGUGGUGCUGGUUCUCAUCAGCACGGUCUGUUACUUCUUCUUCCUCGAGCAAUUACUGAUUCGGGAUCUCAACACGCAAGCUAUCUACAUAGCAGGGCCGUUUUCAUUAACGUUAGGCCUCUUAGCAUCUGUUUUCGCCAUUGUCCUAGCUAUCAGAGAAUACAUAUGGACAUACGCAGCACUCGAGUUUGCUCUUGUAGGCAUGUUGGUUCAUCUUUUAUAUUCUACAGUGAGGCUACCUGCGAUAUAUUCUAUACUAUUUGCAGGGAUUCUUGGUUUUGGAAUAGCAGUGUGUUUAAACUCCUUGUACCUUAAUUACUUCGCUUGGCGUGCACGUGUUGCAGAGAACUCAAAUCCAGUGUGAAUACACACGCCUAUCCUUUGGUGUGUUUGUAUUCUGGAAAAAGGAGAAGAAGGUGUUCAUCUGAUCCAGCAGUGACAUGUAAAAUGUAGAUAUGCCCACGUUCCUCAUUUGUGUCCCCCCCUUUCCUUUAGUGUUCUUUUUUGGGGAAGAUGAUAAGUUUGUAAAAGAGACAUUCUUGUAUCAGGUGAAAAGAGUUUAAUGUAUGUGAUCUGUUUCUUCUCUUCUGAAUAAAGAUGCUAAUGUAGGUGA